AUGUACUCAAAACACAAAGAUACUGGGAAAUCGAAGACAGACAAACUUGAGAUUCUUGAUAGUAUGUUAAAUGACAAGGAGUCUUUCAGGAAUGGCGAACGGAAUAAUUUGCCUUCAGGAGAGUCAGAAUUCAAGCUUCUCGUGGAGAAGGGUGCAAAGGAGUACACAAAUGUGCUUCGCGUCCAAGAAAAUCAUAUGAACUAUAUUGCCGAGAAGGCAAAGGCUGAAAAGCCCAAUUUUGAGACUGUGGAGAUGAUAAACGGCACGAAAGCGUCCAAACCUCACCCAGAUGUCACCAUCGAUGCGGACUCCACUCUAGUGCAAGUCGCUCGAUUUCAUGUAUCAAAAAUGGUAUGUCCUUGUCGUAGUAGACAGGAAUUAAUAACAAUGAUUGGUAUUGCUCAUUCUUCGAAUCAUGAAUAGGUGGUCCAUUUCCUUCA